AUGCACAACGAGGUUCGAAGGCAACGUGCAUUGCAGAACGGAGAUGUAAACGCUGCACUGCGUUUUUUCGAACAUGAUGCCAGAAACGAUGAGAAACUAUUUUUGAGGUAUGAGGUAGCAGCUGGUUCUCGUAUGUGUGACAUUAUAUGGAGUGAUGGUCGAAGCCAGAAAGAUUAUAAGGCGUUCGAUGACGUCCUCGUCUUUGAUGCGACGUAUGGGAGGAACAAGUAUAACCUUCUUGUCAUUUUUUUGUCCGGGGUUAAUCACCAUAGUCAGACAUGCGUGCUUGCAGCAGCAAUGGUUUCAUGUGAGUCACAGGAUUCGUACAAAUGGGUGCUGAGACGGUUUAUGGAAUGCUUGCGGGGAAAGGCCCCGAAGGCAGUUAUAACUGAUGGGGAUCCUUCUAUGAGGCUAGCUAUUAUGCAUGUUUUUCCAAAUGCUCAUCACAGACUUUGCGCGUGGCACCUACUAUGGAAUGCCACUACUCAUGUCUCACAACCACGUUUCACCCAAUUAUUCAAACAGUACAUGCUCGCUGACAUAGAGGUUGGUGAAUUUAAAAUGCAAUGGGAGGCGAUGGUUGACGAGUGUGGUGUUCGAGAGGUUGAAUGGGUGAUGGACCUCUAUAGAAAGUUGUCAUGGGCCACCGCAUACAUACAGGACAGAUUCUUUGCAGGUUUAAGGACAACCUCUCAGUGCGAGUCGUUGCAUGCUAAGUUGGGUGGGUUUGUGGAGAGUAGAUAUGGGAUAUUGUACUUUGUUACAAAUUUUCAAAGGUGUGUUAAUUUCCUUAGAGACAAGGAGGAGGAGCUUGACUUUCGUUCCUUUUAUGGUACCCCGGUGCUUCAAACACAGUUCCCAGAGAUUGAGAGGUCAGCGGCAAUCCUGUAUACUCGUGAACUUUUUUAUAGAUUUCGAGAGUCCCUAAAGCGUGCCGUUAGAUUUUACAUUGUCAACCGCCAGGAUUGUGAAAAUGGAUGUUGCUAUGUAAUACAGAAGUAUCGCCGACCGGAGUCAACCUGGAUAGAGUCAUAUGGGAUCCCUUGUGUUCACAUAAUUGUAGUUCUGGUUGGUAUUGAUAUCGGUUCUUUGCCAGAGACUCUGGUCCUCAAAAGGUGGUGCAAAAAUGCCAAGAACAAUGUGACUUCCGUUAGACAUGUUACUGAAACGGGUGAUGUUGUAUCCCAGUACCGUAGCAGACUUGGUGCAUUUGUAGGCCAAUGUAAGCGUUUUGCCAAGUUCGCUUUUCUAAGGGACGAGGACUACAAGGUAACAAAGGGACCAAAGAAGAGAAAAGGCAGUGCCUGCAGGAAACUGGGUCAUCGCCGAACUCGCUGCCCCAGUGUGCCUGCCCUGCGACAGGGAUGUCGUGGAUCGCUACCGGUUCCUGAGGGUUGCCAGGCUCAACUUCAGGCGACACCGUCACAGACAACUCGACAAGAGCACUCGACUUUUUUUGCCUCUAAACUUGCUACAGGUUAUGUAAGUGCCAAUAUUGUCCUGGCAGCACGUAACCAAGAAAGAAACGAUGGAGUAGUGGCAAUAUAUCUUGACCAGUAUAUUGAGUAUCAAUAUAUCCUGGGCAGUGCACAAUCUCUUUGGGACAAAACCUGA